CACUUUUCCAGGAAUAGGGUCGAUAAUGCAGGUCUUCUGCUUAUCAACCGUUGCCAGGGAACCGAAUGCGUUGCCAAGCACUGAAGCGUAAUGCCUUGCAAUACACCCAGCAGAGUUCAUAAUAGUUGAAGACACACAUAUUUUUCAGAAUGAUAUUGUCACGCGGAAAAACUGACUCGGCGAAUUCCCGGCACAUACCCAGUGCCACGAGCUCAAAAAAAUCCCCUCCAUCUUUAGAGGACUUCAUCAUAAAAAGGGACUAUACCGGAGCCAAGGCCUUCUUGGAGUUUGCCCGUGAUUCAGAGGAAGAAGACAAACAAGUGGCUAUCGACCAAUGGAUUGCCUUCUGCCACUUCCAUUUGGGCGACUACCACAAAGCCCUGGAGGUGUAUAGGCACAUUAAUGAUGUGGAAUCCCCGACGGAGGAAAUUAAUUUGAAUGUGGCCGUGUGCAUGUUUUAUCUGGGAAUGUACGACGAGGCACAGAAACUGAUAGAGCUAAUUCCGAACACCGCGCUUAAGCUGCGCUUGAUGCUACACUUGGCUCACAAGUUUAACAACGAAGAGCAGGUGAUGCAAAUGCACGAAUCUCUGCGGGACCAGGUGGAGGAUCAGCUGAGUGUGGCAUCGCUGCACUAUCUGAGGGCCCACUACCAGGAGGCAAUCGAUAUCUACAAAAGGUUGCUGCUUGACAACAAGGAAUAUGCCGCCAUCAAUGUAUACCUGGCCCUGUGCUUCUACAAGCUCGACUACUAUGACAUGUCGCAGGAAGUGUUGGAUGUAUACCUGGGCAGGCAUCCCGACAGCACCAUAGCUAUUAACUUGAAAGCGUGUAAUCGUUUUCGGCUCUUCAACGGACGCGUAGCCGAACAGGAGAUCAAGAACAUUGUCGAUAACGGAACGUUUGGGGCGGAUCUAAUACGGCACAAUCUGGUUGUUUUUCGUAAUGGCGAGGGUGCCCUGCAGAUUUUCCCCGCUCUGUUGAAUAUUGUGCCAGAGGCUCGUUUGAACUUGGCAAUAUUCUACCUUAAGAGUGGCGAUGUCCAGGAAGCCCAUGCCCUAAUGAAGGAGGUGCAACCAAGUGUUCCUCACGAGUAUAUCCUCAAGGGGGUGGUGCACGCGGCGCUGGGUCAGCAGUUGGGUUCGAAGGAGCACAUAAAGACUGCCCAGCAAAAUCUCCACUUAGUUGGCAGUUCUGCCACCGAGUGCGACACCAUACCCGGAAGACAAAGCAUGGCGUCGGCUUUCUUCCUCUACGGCCAAUUCGAAGAGGUUUUGGUCUAUAUGAAUUCGAUCAGAAGCUAUUUCGUCAACGAUGACACGUUCAACUACAACUACGCCCAAGCCAAAUGCGCCACUGGCUAUUACAAAGAGGCCGAAGAACUGCUACUCCAAAUAACGGACACUGACAUUAAAAACCAACACACCUAUUGCAUGAUACUGGCCAAAUGCCACAUACACGCCGGGAGGCCAGAACUGGCGUGGAACAUAUUCAUAACAAGGGAUACGAAUUCCGAAGCAUUUCUGCUGCUGCAACUAAUCGCCAAUGAGUGCUACAAAUGCGAAGAGUUCUGGGUGUCGGCCAAGGCCUUUGAUAUGCUGGAAAAGCUUGAUCCGAGUCCAGAGAACUGGGAGGGCAAACGAGGUGCCUGUGCCGGCGUCCUGUAUGUACUGGCAACCAAGGCUGAAAAAGGACGACCCCUCAAUGGCAUCACCGACGUCAUCGGCCUGCUCAGAGACUCGUCCAACGGCCAAGCUGAGGCCAUGAUCAAAACAAUACGCAAGCACAUGUCAGCCUUCAAGUAGGGCAAGUGCAACAAUGUGCCGGGCCGUAGCUGUGUUUCUGACAGAUCUGGCUGAACAAUCACUUGAAUGAAUAUUUGCAAAUAAAACAAAACAAAGCGACUACA